AAUCAAAUCUCAAGUAGAAGCAUUGUCUCAAGUAGCCAAACAAUAAGGUUAUCAGCGACGCGGGAUAAUAAAAGGCGGCGAAAAACAACGAGGGUUCAAUCUGCAGUGAUUUGAGGGCAAAAUGUGGCAUUCCCCACUGCUUUUGCCCCUGCUUUUGGGUGUCGUUGGGGCUGAAUAUCUGCCGACUUGGGAGAGUCUGGAUACGCGCCCACUCCCUUCAUGGUUCGACGAGGCGAAAAUCGGCAUUUUCGUGCAUUGGGGAGUCUAUUCGGUGCCCAGCUUCGAUUCGGAGUGGUUCUGCAAGGACUGGAAGACCAACUCCUCCGAAAAGAUUUCGCGAUUCCUCGAAGAGAACUUUCCCCCUGGAUUCAGCUACCAGGAGUUUGCCCGAGACUUCACAGCGGAGUUUUUCAACGCCACCCAAUGGGCGGACAUUUUUGCCAAAUCUGGGGCCAAAUACGUAGUUUUGACCAGCAAGCAUCACGAAGGCUUCACCCUCUGGCCCUCCAAGUACACCUACAGUUGGAACUCUUUGGACAUCGGCCCGCAUAGGGACAUAGUAGGAGAACUAGGAGAGGCAGUGAGGAGCGCCAACCUGACCUACGGCCUUUAUCACUCCUUGUUCGAGUGGUUCCACCCCCUCUACCUGGCGGAUCAGGCCAAUAACUACACAACGCAGGAGUUCGUAACCAGUAAGAUCAUUCCGGAACUGAAGGAGUUGGUUCUGGCCUACCAGCCAGCGAUUCUCUGGUCGGACGGCUCGAAAGGAGCUAGCGGCAGCUACUGGCAAUCCAGGGAGUUUCUAGCUUGGUUGUACAAUGAGAGCCCCGUUAAGGACUGGGUGGUUUCCAACGAUAGAUGGGGCGACGAAACACCGUGCGCUCAUGGCGAUUUUUACACUUGCAACGACCGAUACGAUCCAGGUGUUCUGCAGGAGAAAAAGUGGGAGAAUGCCAUGACCAUUGACAGAGACUCGUGGGGAUAUAGAAGAAACGCCCGUCUAGCCGACUAUCUCACUCCCUUGGACCUGUUAACUGCCCUCGCCAGAACCAUAAGUUGCGGAGGGAACCUUCUCAUCAACAUCGGGCCCUCAAAGGAGGGCACCAUCAACCCCAUUUUCGAAGAACGCCUCACCCAGCUGGGGAACUGGCUGAGUCUGAAUGGGGAGGCGAUCUACAGCAGCCGGCCCUGGACGGUACAAAACGACUCAGUGAACCCCAGCGUUUGGUACACGACGCGAGACCAUGUGGUGUAUGCGAUCACUUUGGAGUGGCCCCAGGAGGAUAGAGUGAUUCUGGGUUCUGCAAGUGAGCUGUUUGGAAGUCUGGAUACAACCGUGACCUUAUUGGGAAACAACGAAGAGCUUGAGUGGAUCUGGGAGCUGGAUCAGAUCAAAGUGCAACUUCCCAACAAGGCCCAAGUUGCCAGCGAAACUGCCUGGGUGUUGAAAAUUGUAGCUGGCUAAUUAGCUGAUAACGGAUAAAUGAAUAAAAGUCACGUUUCAUUUUC